CGGCUCAUUCCCCCACCACCACCUCCCUCCUCCGGCCUUCACUCCCGACUUUUCCCGCCAAACAAUCUCUUCUCUCCUCUUUCCAACUCACAACAAACCCAUCAAAGCCCUCACAACAACCGCCACAUCGCCAAGGUCGUCGCCAUAACCGUAUCCGUCGUCUCCGCCGCUGUUCUCCUCUCUCUCUUCGCCGUCUUCAUCAUCUUCCUCCGUCGAACCCGACAUCGCCGCCGCUCCUCUCCUGCAGAUGACACUAAAUCCACCAGAUCAGACUCUCUUCAGCUCUUCAACGCCGCUCCUUCCGACGGCUCUCUGAAACACAAACAACCACCGAAAUACACUUCCUCUCACACUUCCUCCGAGUUUCUCUACUUAGGUACUCUAGUGAACUCCCGAAGCGGCGGUUUGGAUCAGCAGAAAUCUCCCAUCUCCGUCUCCGGCAGUGUCACGGGCGUCUUGGAAUUACCAGCUCCUGCUUCUUCGUCUUCUUCUUCUUCUUACUCACAGUACCAUAAGCAAGGCUCUCCGGAGCUCCGUCCUCUCCCUCCUUUACCAAAGCUCCCAGCUUUCACUCCCAAUUACCACAUCACUGAUCAGUUAAACCCUAAAAGACCCGACUUUGACGGAGAGGACAACGAAAACGACGAGUUUUUCUCUCCGAGAGGAUCUUCCGGUCGUAAACAGAGCCCUUCACGUGCCUGGGCUAGCGUAUUAAAGGAUUCUAGUGUUGAUCAGAUUGGCAGCAGGAGUAUCAACGGCUCGAACUCAUCUUCGCCGACUAAUUCCGCCUCGUCGUUGAAUGGUUCUCCGGCAACAAGUUCGAAACCAAGGUCGCUUAGUCCUCGUCUCUCGCUGCAUAGUCAGAACAGCUUAAACGACGGCGUUUCGAAGCAACCCUGUCCAGCGAGGCCACCUCCACCACCACCUCCUCCACCUCAGCCGCAAUUAUUGGAGAUUCCGGCUACCACGUCGCUCUCGCCUCAUCGUGGGGACUCUGAUCCAGAAAAGAAAGAGGAGACCUUGAAACCAAAGUUGAAGCCUUUACAUUGGGACAAAGUUAGAGCAAGCUCGGGCCGUGGUAUGGUGUGGGACCAAAUCAAAUCCAAUUCUUUUCAAGUGAAUGAAGAAAUGAUAGAGACAUUGUUCAGGGCGAAUGAUCCAAAUUCAAGAACAAGAGAUGGAGGAAAUGCAGGUGUUGUUCAAUCUGCUAAUCAUGAGAAUCAGUUUCUUGAUCCAAGAAAGUCCCACAACAUUGCGAUUUUGCUGAGGGCUCUCAAUGUAACGGCCGAUGAAGUAUGCGAAGCGCUUGUAGAAGGCAACUCGGAUACUCUGGGACCUGAGCUACUCGAAUGCCUGCUUAAGAUGGCACCUACCAAAGAAGAAGAAGACAAACUUAAGGCGCUUAAAGAUGAUGAUGAUGAAUCUCCUUCCAAGAUUGGACCUGCGGAGAGAUUCCUCAAAGCAUUGCUGAACAUUCCUUUCGCUUUCAAGAGGAUCGAUGCAAUGCUUUACAUAGUCAACUUCGAAUCCGAAACCGAGUACCUGAAAAGAUCCUUCGACACCCUCGAGGCUGCUUGUGGUGAGUUAAAGAAUACACGGAUGUUCUUGAAGCUUCUAGAAGCGGUGCUCAAAACUGGGAACCGAAUGAACAUAGGAACCAAUAGAGGUGAUGCGCAUGCUUUCAAGCUUGACACGCUUUUAAAGCUGGUAGAUAUCAAAGGCGCGGAUGGGAAAACCACCUUGUUGCAUUUCGUAGUUCAAGAAAUCAUAAAAUCUGAAGGAGCUCGAGUUUCUUCUACUCCGGCUCACGACCCGAUAGGCGAUGACAUAGCUGAGCAAUCCGCAUUCCAAGACGAUCUAGAGCUCAAGAAACUCGGGUUGCAAGUGGUUUCAAGCCUCAGCUCUCAGUUGAUAAACGUCAAGAAAGCAGCUGCGAUGGAUUCAAAUUCCCUCAUCCACGAAACAGAGGAAAUAGCCAGCGGAAUAACGAAAGUCAAGGAAGCAAUCGCGGAGCUAAAGCUAGAAACGGGAGUAGAGAGAUUCUUAGACUCAAUGAACAUGUUCUUGAACAAAGGUGAGAAAGAGAUCACGGAGAUACAAUCCCAUGGAAGCAAUGUCAUGAAGAUGGUUAAAGAAGUAACAGAGUAUUUCCACGGGAAUUCGGAAUCUCACCCUUUUCGCAUUUUCGCUGUGGUCAGAGACUUUCUGACGAUUCUUGAUCAAGUGUGUAAAGAAGUUGGUCGUGUAAACGAGAGAUCAGUGUACGGCUCCGUACAAAGACCUUCACCACCGUCGAACCAGACCGUCACUCCGUAAUUUUUUUUUCUACAAUAUGUUAAUUUUUUAUGUAGAUUUGUUUUUGACACUUUACUGUUGUAAAACAUUAGAUUGUAUUCCGUGCUAUGUCAUUUAUCUACGUGAACAUUUAAUUUAUCCAAUAGAAUUGUAUUUCUGUCGUAUAAGCAUA